CCGGUAUCAGGAAAUGAGGAGGAGGAGCUAAAAACGUCCGAGAAGAAAAGGAACCGUCUCCAGUGUCGUAGUACGUCAACUGAUGACACCACUGUGAAAAAGGAAACAAAACGAAACAAAUCUCUGUGUUUUUUUCGUGACCAGAGCUCCCUGACCGAGACCAUUCGUGACAGGACAGCAGGGCACACUUCAGACACAUCAUGGCUGCCAGGCAGCAGAGACCUGUGGCUGCUUCAGACAGCUUAGCGAGGGCCAAUGAGAAGAAGUGCUCUUGGGCUUCCUACAUGACCAAUUCUCCAACUGUGAUAGUGAUGAUUGGGUUGCCCGCUAGGGGGAAAACCUACAUGUCCAAGAAGCUCACACGUUACCUCAACUGGAUUGGAGUGCCAACAAAGGUUUUUAACCUUGGAGUUUACAGGAGAACUGCAGUAAAGUCAUACAAGUCCUAUGACUUCUUCAGACAUGACAAUAAAGAAGCAAUGGAAAUUAGAAAGCAGUGUGCCAUAGUGGCACUCCAAGAUGUAAAGACCUAUCUGAAUGAGGAGGGAGGACAGAUUGCUGUUUUUGAUGCCACCAACACCACCAGAGAGAGGAGGGACCUCAUCCUUAAUUUUGCAAAAGAUAAUGCAUAUAAGGUGUUUUUUGUUGAAUCAAUAUGUGAUGAUCCAGAUGUCAUUGCUGAAAACAUUAUGGAAGUGAAGGUGUCCAGCCCAGAUUAUCCUGAGAGGGACAGAGAAAGCAUCAUGGAGGAUUUCCUAAAGAGAAUUGAAUGUUAUAAAGUGACCUACCAACCUUUAGAUCCAGACGAACAUGACAAGAGCCUGUCCUUCAUCCAGGUCAUGAAUGUUGGCCGUCGUUUCUUAGUCAACAGGGUGCAGGAUUACAUCCAAAGCAAGAUAGUCUACUACCUCAUGAACAUCCACAUCCACUCCCACUCCAUCUACCUCUGUCGACAUGGAGAGAGCCAUCACAAUAUAGAAGGACGCAUAGGGGGCGACUCUGAACUGUCAGAGAGAGGAAAAGAGUUUGCAGCAGCACUGAAGGGAUUUGUGGAAGAACAUAAAUUGUUGGACCUGAAAGUUUGGACCAGCCAGCUAAGACGGACCAUUCAGACAGCAGAGGAGCUGGGUGUUCCCUAUGAGCAGUGGAAGAUCCUCAAUGAAAUAGAUGCUGGAGUGUGUGAAGAGAUGACCUAUAAGAUGAUUGAGGAAAAAUACCCAGAGGAGUAUGCUAUGAGAGACCGGGACAAGUAUCAUUACCGCUACCCUGGAGGAGAGUCCUACCAAGACCUGGUUCAGCGACUGGAGCCAGUGAUCAUGGAGCUGGAGCGACAGGGUAACGUGCUGGUCAUCUGUCAUCAAGCUGUGAUGCGCUGCUUGCUCGCCUAUUUCCUGGACAAAGGCGCAGAUGACCUACCCUACUUGAAGUGCCCCCUACACACUGUCCUAAAACUCACCCCUGUGGCUUAUGGUUGUAAAGUAGACAUGUUUGACCUGAAGGUGGAGGCUGUCAACACUCACAGGGACAGACCAUUAGACUCUCUGAAUGGUUUCACUGCUGCAGACACAGACGACUGUGUUCGGAGUUAAAAAUAAAGACAGAAAAAAGAAGCUCAUAAAGAGGUAUUCAUAAUGCUCAUCUUAUCUAUCACACUGAACAUCUAUAUUCUGUGUACUUUACUGUAUUAUACACUCACCGGUCACUUCAUUAGUUACACCUUGCUAGUGGCAGGUUGGAUUGCCUUCAGAAUGGCCUUGAUUCAUAGAUUCAACAAGGUGCUGGAAACAUUCCUCAGAGAUUUUGGUCCAUGUUGACAUGACAGCAUCAAACAUGUUUCUGCAGAUUUGUCAGCUGCACAUCCAUGAUGCAAAUCUCAUAUUCUGCCAUCCUAAAGGUGCUUUUUUUAUUGUAUUGGUGACUGGAGGCCAUUUGAGUACAGUGACCUCAUGGUCAUGUUCUAGAAACCAGUUUGAGAUUAUCUGAGCUUUGAGACAUGGUGCACUAUCCUGCUGGAAGCAAGAUGGGUACACUGUGGUCAUAAAGGGAUGCACAUGGUCAGCAACAAUACUCAGGGAGGCUGUGGCAUUUUAUUAAAGGUCAGUUGUUACUAAGUGUUCCAAGAACAAUAUCCCCGCACACCAUUACAACAACACCACCGGCCUGAAGUAUUGAUUCAUGCUUUCACGUUGUUUCUGCAAACUGUGACCCUAACCAUCCAAAUGUCUCAGCAAAAAUCAACACUCAUCAAAAAAGCAACAUAUUUCCAGUCUUCUGUUUUCCAAUUUUGGUGACCCUGAGCAAGUAAGUAAUUCCAUUUUGUUUAUAUACCAUAUUAAAACCAAUGUGCUUUAUAGUAAAUAAAUAAAUAAUAAGGGUUCCUAAAAAUUCAGGUUACAGACAUUCACACUAUUUACAUAAAAUAACACAACAACAGUACCAACACUGGAGCAAUGUGAUCUCUCUUUUUUUGUCCUGGACAGUAGUAAUCUGGCUGCAGCAUUUUGGACUAAUUGUAGAUGAGCAGGAGAUGACUGACUAACCCCGGUAUACAGUGCAUUCUAGUUGUCCAGUCUAGAUGUAACAAAAGCAUGCAUAACCCUUUCCAGACUGUAGACUGAAGAAACCACUCUUGGCCACAGCGUGAUUGUUUGUCCAAUUUCAAAUUUGUCAACGAUCAUCUCAAAAUUUUUAACCUAUGUUUUAAUAAAGGCAAUUAAAGAGCCAAGAUUAUCUUUCAACCUUUCAGUUAAUGGUAAAAAACUGUGGGAAAGCAAAUUUUAUUUUAAUCCAAAAAGCACUUUUUUGAGUUACACAUCAACAAGACAUUUUCACCUAGUGAGCUGGAUACACUGGAUAUUUCCUCUUUUUUGGACUAUUAUCUGUAAACUCUAGAGAUGGUUUUGUGUGGGAAAAAUCCCAGUAGAUCAGCAUUUUCUGAAAUACUCAGUCCAGCCUGUGUGUCACCAGCAACCAUGUCACGUUCAAGGCCACUUAAAUCAUCUUUCUUCUUUAUAAAGCUGACUGAUUCUGAUGCUCGGGUUGAACUUCAGCAGGUCAUCUUGACCAUGCCUGCAUGCCUAAAUGCAUGGAGUUGCUGUCAUGUGAUUGAUUGAUAUUUGCAUCAACAAGCAGUUGCCCAGGUAUACCUAACAAUGUGACCAGUGAGUGUACUGUACUACUGUCUCAUUGCUUAAAUUUGCUGUUUUUCUCAGGCUUUGCUCCACAAGUCCAGGUCUGAGGACCAGCAGAAAGAAACCUAAAAAGCUUCAGCCAUUAUGUUUUUAAGCUUGAAUUUAAAGUACUGUGUCUGUAUAACCCUCUGCUCUGUCAUUCUAAGUCUUUGGUUGUAGAUUGUGCAUGUCUGUGCAUAAAUGAACAUAUUGCCUUUUGUGAUCCAUUCAGAUAUACAAAUCAAAGACAUGUCACAGAGAUACUCUGAAAUCCAUCCAUUAGUUGCUACCAUGUAACCAUAUAAUGUAAAUUACAGUCAUUCUGUGCUGUAUUAGUUGUUGAAUGUGCUGACUGAAAUGUAUACCUCAAAAAGAUCCAUUUUCUUCAAAUUUAGUGUAAGUGAGUGUCUUUCUUGAAGGAAGCCAUGUACAGCCUAAUUUUAUGCUUAGAUUGUUUCACUUUUUAUUUAAAGGUCCCCUAGUGAUGUGCGUUCUCCCUCUGACAACAUGUAGUUAUACAUUUAUUUUGAGGUGCAAUUUAAGCAUACGGAAUUGCAAUUUCGUUUUCAGAGGGCAGACGCAAGCUGUAAAAAGUAAUGACGUGUUUUGUCUAGCCCUAUAAAAACAAAAGCAGGAGCUACUGUGUGUUGACUUUAAUCUAUGGCAGUUAUUUCAUCCUCUCUCUUAAGAUGCCUACUUUUUUUUGUAUUUAUGUUCUUCCAUGUUCUUUGAUGUACAGUCAUGUCACUGUGAUCAUGUAAAGCUGCUCAUAUUUGAACUGCAUAAAAAUUGAUGCAGUUUUUUAAAAAAAACCCCAAAGAGCUCACUUUUACAGCCGUAUUUAAUGUUCUGUUGGUUUGUAAUGAUUUAGUUUUUGUCAAAAGGAAAGCCAAAUCAGAGACACUGUAGUGAUACCUUUAGAGUAUCCUUUAACCAAUCGGCAUAAAUCACUCAUUUGGAAAAGUGCCUUUAUUUAAAGGAAUAUAGGCUGUGACACGGGAAUUCAAAUAUAUGAUAUGCAAGAUUGUUUCCUUGAAUUGAAAGAAACUGAAUUGACAACACAUUUGGAUGUCUUUAAAAUGAGCUUUAAUGUAACUGCACACACAUUUCACCAAAUAAAGCUAACUUUACACUG